AUGAGGUUCCAUGAGGGAAAAGGAACACCUACAACUCGGAAACGCCGGACGCCACUGAAUGAUACUCCGGUAUAUGUAACCCUCGCCAACUCUGCCUGCCCGGCAUGCGGGCCCCCAAUCCCACACCAAACACGGGAUUACAAGGCACCGCAGGGUCAGACAUGGAUUCAGGCCGGACACCGUGAGGUCGAGCCCACGAGCACCGUGCGAAGAGACGAGCCUGCACUUGAUACACUUCCCUGGCCUCACGAGUCUCCAAUGCCACCUUGCUAUGGAGGGGGCCAAUAUGGAGAAGCCAUGCGUCACAACAACCUUUCCUCAACACCCUUCUUACAAAGGGAAUGCUUUGUUCUCAACGCUCUUCCCCGAUGGAACGGAUGCUUGCCACGCAGAAUCCGACGUAAUCCAUUUCCCUCUAAUCUUCGCUCUUAA